UGCAGUGCUAAGCAGGGAGCAAUGGUGCUUGGAGUAUCCAGAAGCAGCAGUUAUCUGGAAACACAGCGGUAAUUCUGAAAGCAAGGGUUUGUGUGAACAUCGGGGAAUAUGAGCAAAGAAGCCGAGCAAUGCCGACCUGCGUCUUUAAAAUUUACAAUAGAUAGCAUUCUCAAUCUUAAACAAACGAGUAAAGAUCUGGAAACCUCUCCUCCAACGCGGCAAAUCGAGGCAGACAUCAAAAACAGAUUACAACUGCGGCUUGAACUGGAUAAAGAUUCGAGUGGCAGGAAUGAACCUGACUGUACAAUACCAGAUAUAGGGCAAAUACACACAGACUGUUAUAACGACAAUGCACAUGCUCUCGCUGUCAGCAGAGAUGAUGCAUUUAAACGAAUGGAAUCACUUCCAGGGACCGAAAGCACCGACAGCGGGGAAGACGGACCUUCAUCAAAACACACAACCAACAAGAAAAACAAAAUGAUCAAGAAGAAAACUCGUACUAUUUUUUCGAAGAGACAGAUUUUUCAGCUGGAAUCGACAUUUGAUAUGAAGAGGUAUCUCAGCAGCGCAGAAAGGGCCUGCCUUGCGAGCUCUUUACAACUUACAGAAACCCAGGUAAAAAUAUGGUUCCAGAACCGCAGGAAUAAAUUGAAACGUCAGUUAUCUACAGAACUCGAGGGACCAAAUGCAGAUAACCAUUUUCCUGAUGCUGGAAAGACUGUGCAACUUCCAGCUAUCUACAAAGAAAGCAAUAUUCUAGGUAGAUGUUUGCUGCCAAUGCCUUUUCCUAUUGUGUAUGCCGGGAGCAGCAGGCCUUAUUUCUGUUUUUCAAGCGCCAGCAAAUAUUUUAAUCUUUUUGAUGGAGAUGUAUGACUUUUUAAUUGAAUAACUACCUGGAAAGUAUUCCAAAUUUUACAUCUAACUUUACAAUCAGCAUCUGAUUUAUUCACGACAAAAAAUUUUUAUUUUGUUAGAAUAUAACAUAAUUUAGUCUUUUCUGUUUCAUUAUUAAUGUGAUAUAUUUUGUAUUAUUAUUUAAAACACAUAUUUGUCAUCACUUAAUAAUACAUAUAGUCCUGAAUAACAGCUAUGUGAUUACAGGUGUUUCUCAAAUGUUUAUUUUUCAUUUGUAUUUAAAAUUAUUAAUUAUUAUUGGUUUAUUCUAUGCCAGUAAGAUAAAGAAAAGUUCUUGUCGACUUUUAAAAUUAACUAUCUCUUCUUCUUCUUCUUCUUCUUCUUCUUCUUCUUCUUCUUCUUCUUC